CUGGCGUUAAGCCGUACAUAAGAUCCCUCGAUCACUGAGCUUAGCUCACACAGCACUCACUCAGCACGGCCAAAACAAGAACAGAGGCACGUCCUGAGCACGGAGCACCUCUAGCUCCAAUGGAUCACUCGACCUCCCUCCUCCGGCUCACCUUCUUCCUCCUCGGCGCGUCUCUCCUCGUCCUCGUCGUCCGCUCCGCCUUCCGCCUGCCCAUCGACGCAUCCCUCUUCGACGACGCCGCCGGCAGCUGCACCCGCUUCUCCCCAUGGGCCUGCCGCCAACAACCAUCGAAGCCAUCAAAGCCACCUUCCCACGACCACAACUCCGACGUGCCGCGCCACCCGCUAGACCCGCUCACGGUCACCGAAAUCAACCUCGCCGCCGCGCUCCUCCGCGCCCACCCGCCCUUCUCCGAGUCCCCAUCCUCCCUCAUCAUCCACUCCCUCGCCCUCGACGAGCCCGAGAAGCCCCUCGUCCGCGCCUGGCAAAAGGCCAACAAAGCUGGCCUCAACACGCCGCUCCCCGCGCGCCGUGUCGUGGCCGUGGUCCGCUUCCAUGGCGAGUCCCACGUGCUCUCCAUCGACCUUGGCCCCAACGGCGCCAUCGAGGCUCUCCCCGUCCCGGCGUCCGGGUACCCGACGAUGACCAUGGACGAGCAGGUGGCGCUCUGCGCCGCGCCGUUCGCGGACCCGGCCUUCAACGCCUCCAUCGCGCGCCGCGGGGUCCGGAUAACCGAUGUCGCGUGCCUGCCGAUUUCCUCCGGCUGGUACGGGCCCGACGAGGAAGGCCGGCGGGUGAUCAAGGUGCAGUGCUUCUCCAUGGAAGGCACGGCCAACUUCUACAUGCGGCCCAUCGAAGGGCUCACGCUCGUCCUCGACAUGGACACCCGGGAAGUCGUGCACAUCUCCGACCGCGGCGCCGGCAUCCCUGUCCCCGACGCCAAGAACACCGACUACAGAGUGCACGCCGGAACCGGUGACGAUGCAAAGAAGAAGAAGCGUGGAGCGGCACAACAGGCUUCAAUGGAGGAGCUUGGAUUCGAGGUGAAAGGGCACAAGGUGAAGUGGGGCGGAUGGGAGAUGCACGUGAAGGCGGACGCUAGGGCGGGGAUGGUGGUGUCCAUGGCGGAAGUGCAAGGGCGGGAGGUCAUGUACAAGGGCAUGGCGUCCGAGCUCUUCGUCCCCUACAUGGAUCCCACCGAGGCUUGGUACUUCAAGACGUACAUGGACGCCGGCGAGUACGGCUUCGGGCUGCAGGCCAUGCCGCUCGUGCCGCUCAACGACUGCCCGAGGAACGCGGCGUACUUGGACGGCGUCUUCGUCGCCGGCGACGGGAAGCCCUACGUCAAGGAGAACAUCAUCUGCGUCUUCGAGCGCUACGCCGGCGACGUCGCCUGGCGACACUCCGAGGGGCCCAUCUCCGGCAUGGACAUAAGGGAGUCGCGGGCGAAGGUGACGUUGGUGGCGCGGAUGGCUGCGUCGGUUGCCAAUUACGACUACAUCAUGGACUGGGAGUUCCAAAUGGACGGCCUCAUACGCAUCAAGGUUGGCCUUAGCGGGAUCCUGAUGGUGAAGGGCACGCCCUACUCCCACAUGAACCAGGUCCGACGGAACGAGGAGAUGUAUGGCACCCUGCUCUCCGAGAACGUCAUCGGCGUUAUCCACGACCACUACGUCACCUUCCGCCUCGACAUGGACGUCGACGGCGCCGACAACUCUUUCGUCAAGGUGGAGAUGGCCCGCCAUAACACUGCUCCGGGCGAGUCCCCUCGGAAGAGCUACCUCAAGGCCACCCGACACGUCGCGAGCACAGAGAAGGAUGCUCAGGUCCGUUUGAAACUUUACGAGCCGUCAGAGUUCCACCUCGUUAACCCGACGAAGAAGACACGUGUGGGGAACCCGGUAGGCUAUAAGAUCGUCCCAGGCGGCACUGCCGCCAGCUUGCUGGCCCCCGACGACCCGGCACAAAAGAGGGGUGCAUUCACAAACAAUCAGAUUUGGGUCACGCCGUACAACAAAAGCGAGGAAUGGGCUGGUGGCCUGUUUGUAUACCAGAGCAAAGGGGAGGACACGCUGGCUACAUGGUCGGAGAGGGACCGUCCGAUCGAGAACAAGGACCUGGUGGUGUGGUACACGCUGGGGUUCCACCACGUCCCGUGCCAGGAGGACUUCCCCAUCAUGCCCACCGUCUCGGCCAGCUUCGACCUCAAGCCAGUCAACUUCUUCGAGAGCAACCCUAUCCUGAAGCAACGGCCUGUCAAGGAAAACGAUCUGCCCGUCUGCGCUGCAGCCUCUGCCGCUGCAGCCUGAGGCCGUCGAUGACGAUGAAGUUAUAUCCAUAUAUGGUAAUUGUUCAUGCAUGCGCGUCCAUUUAUGAAUGAACAGCGCAAAGUUCCUUACCGUUGUACUGUACUUCAAAUUAUAAGGAAGUGGUGCGUCGGUCGUCUGGGGAGCUCAUUCGUGAAGGCGUUGGUUAAACUAGUAUUGGCUGUUUAGUAGCUGUAGUUUGGAAUGUUGGUUCUUCCUGUUGAUCUGUUCUGACGUUGGCUGUGUUUGUUGGUGGUUGUUUUGCUUUUAUCACAGGUAUCCCUAGCGGGAUCUUGUUUCGGCUUUCUAAUAAAGUUGGGCCCAAAAAGCUUUUUAUCGAUAAAA